AGCCCUUCUUCAUUGAAGUAAACUCAUCAUGACGACCACCAUCGACCUCGCUGCCCUUCUCCAGGUUCCCAUCCGAAAGCCCCUCGAAAAAUCCCAAGUGAAACAAAUCCUCGCUUCGGCCCCUUUCAUCCCAAUCCCACAUGCUCUGAACCUGCGCACCAUCUCAGCUCCCGCACUGCAACCGAACCUGGUCUUCCGUUCUGGCUCCCUGUCACACCUCCCUCCAUCAUCACUCAUUCAGCUCAACGAAAAAUACAACAUCACCACCAUCGUUGAUCUUCGAAGCAGGAAAGAAAGAGAAUCAUAUCCUAGUCCCGACAUUCAAGGAAUUGAAACGCUCUGGAUACCAACCAGUGGGGAUGGCCCUGUGGGUAUUGGGGCCGCGCAGGCAAAUGCAAAGCAAGUGCUUCACGGGCUUAGUCCUGCCGACUUUGCCGCGAAUGACGGAGUCGAUGGGUUUGUAAAAACGUAUGGGAACAUGCUGGAUACGCACAAAGAUGCCUUUAAGGUUGUUUUUGAAAGGUUGAAGGAGCCCCAAGGAGGGGUGUUGUUUCAUUGCACCGCUGGCAAAGAUCGCACUGGCAUCCUUGCAGCAUUAAUUCUUGGACUUAUCAAUACCCCUCCCGAAAUUAUCUCCCACGACUACGCGCUCACUCGAAUCGGGAUAGAGACUAUGCGUGAUCAACUACUAGGUGUCAUGAUUGAGCAGAUGUCACAGCAAGGAAUUGACAACCCAUUCGAGGUACCUGGUUUUGAGGCGAUAUGUGGUGCCAAGGGUCCUACCAUCCUCGCUGUCAUGAAGUGGAUGGAUAAGAAGUGGAACAUCGAAGACCAGGAGUGCAAGAACAAUUUACUGUACCCGGGAGUCUAUGGAUACUUGACUCGAGAAUUAGGGUUCUCGGGCGAGGAUCUCGAAAAGAUCAAGAAGAGUCUAGCUUUAUAAAGAUGUUCGUAGAAAAUGGCUGUGCGAACCGGCAAUUUCAGCCUCCA